CCGCGGAUGAACGCAAUUUCGAGCCAGCCAGCAAGCAGCAAGUCGCGUUUAGUGCAAAUGUCGGUGCGCAAUUUUCGUUCGGUAAAGUGCAUUUACAGCUACGAAAAGUGGUUCAAAAUAGUGCGAAUAUAACUCGUGAAUGACUGCAGUUUGAUUUCCGCUAGAAAUACGCAACCAGGGUUACGUUUUAAUCCAGAAAAACGCAUUUGUUUGAAGGGCAUUUUCCACAGAAAGGUUUUUUUUUUGUGCUGGCCUGUCGUUUUUUUUUUGUCUUCGCCAAGUUGGUUUGUGUGUACGUACAAGCGAAAAUGAACGUAGCUUGCUGAGAACAAAGAAGAAAGAGACGGAAGAUGAUUGUGCAAGAUCGUGAUGGACAUGUGUGUGAGUGUAGCAGUGAGGAGUUCAUUCGAUUGGCGUUGUGAAUGGAGGAGUAAGUUGGUAUUUACGAGGCCCACCGUAGCCGAGUGAUAUAUUUUCAAGACAGUAUAUUUGGUCAGGUACUGGCAUUAAAUUUUUGCAGCUGCUGUUCUUGUGGAGGUGUGCUGUGUACGGGAAACAAGACGAAGUGUUCUCAGUGUCAUUUUUGUGUACUAGAUUGCUAACAAAAAUGUAGCUGUGUUUUUGUUUUGUUCCUUACUUUAGUAUUGGUGUGACAAACGAAUUUUGUUGUUGGCGAUAUAGAAUUAUUCUUUAAAUUGUGAAUAAAUAAUUGUACGGUGUAGUCAAUAGUGGAAGAAAACAAAGUUGCAUAUUAAUUGGGAGGUGCUUCAAUUCCUGGUACUGCCAGUUGCUCUCUGCAGAUCUCGCACGCGAUGUCCCGUGAAACAUUACGCUAGUGUUGAGCGACUUUUCCGGAUAUGGAGUGCGACGUGUCACCACCGGAUAGCAGCAGCGGUGGCCAUCACGGUACGGUUCAGCAAAGGCGGCAGCCGAAAUCCGUUCAGUAUAACAGCACCAGCAUCAGUAGUAGUAGUAUCAACACCACCAGUGGUAGCAGUAGCGGCAACUUAAACACUAGUGGCAACAGUGGUAGAAAUAUCUUGAAUAUUAGUACCAGCAGCAGUUUCCGGUCGGAUUCCCCGAGCGCUUCAACAACUAUGGCAGCCACAUCCUCAUCGUCGUCCCACCACCACCAUCAUCAUCGCAACCAUCAUCAUCACCAUCAUCAUUCGCAUGGACAUUCCCAUCAGCAUCAUUAUCAGACGCAACACCAUGUCCAUCAAGAAGAAAUUACCGUUGCAUUCCCGGAAGUGGUAUCCUGCACUCCUGAAUCGAGCUUCAACUUGUCGGAUGAUUAUGAUUCGAAUCCACUGAAAGAAGUGGAUCCGUUAAAUGUUUCUGGCAGUUCAAUGGAGUUACUAUCUUCUCCACGGAAAGGACAGGAUAAAGCUCCCAAACACAAUCACCACCUGCGACGAAAUGUUCCUAGAAUAGUAGUGAAGCAACUUCCCAAGACGCAACAGCAGGCACAGAGUUCGCGUGAUGAGAAACGACCAUCCGGUCCGGCUUCGACAAUGCGGGAGGUGCUUGCUUCAAUUCCCGGCUUCAGUGUGAAACCUCGGCGGAGAUCGAACAAGAAAAUGUCCACUGCAGCACAGCUGGAGCAGACGAAGGAAGGCUGCAUAGACCUCGAAACGCCGGACUCGAUUCUGGUCAACACGAACCUUCGUUCGUUGCUCAACAAGCAAACCUUUCAGAUGCUGCCCCCGUUGUUUCAGUACAAAUUGGUACAGCUGCUGCCGUCGGUCGAUCGACCAUCAGUGAUGGAUGCUUCGGAUUGCGAGCGCAAUGGUAUUUGGUUGAAUCCGUCCAGUUUGAACAACGAGUUUUUCGCCCGCGCCUGUCUGGAGUGGAGGGACCGGUUAGGGGAGGGCGAAUUUACGCCGGAAAACCAGAUAAAACUGAAGACCGAAGCGGAGAAAGAGAAGAGCAAACUGGACCCCUGGAAGCUGAAACACUUCGAACCAAUGUGGGGCGAUAAGAGGGCGGCGACGGCGAAUAUGGGUGCUGCCGGGACGCUGCCGAAUCCGUCACCGCCUCUGACGCCAACGAAGGAGAAGGUGUCAACUCCGGAACCGCCGAAGACAAGCCCUCCAACCUCAUCGAGACCUGCCCUGAAAACUACCAUCAAGCUACGACCUACAACGACGAUAGCAACGAGUACAACCGCAACCGUCGAAUUGGCUGCUGUUAGCUGCAGUGGCAGUGGUAGUAGCAGUAGUAAUAGCAAUAGUAGUACUAGUAGCAGCAGCAGUACCAGUAACAGUAAUGUUGCCACUGCUAGCAGUAGUGGAACAAGCAUUACCCCCGUUACGACUCCAUCCACCAUUGUUGCAGCUGCCAGUAAUCGUACCAGUGCCUCCCAGAGUUCUCUCUCACCUUCUGCUACUUCUUCACCGAAACGAGUUCGUACAGGAGCCGUAACACGAGCUGCUGCUUCAGCUGGUCACCAGCAGCAGGUGCCUGACCAGCACCUGGAACAAGCUUCGAUGGAAGAACAAGAUUCAUCGGCUCGGUUGAGUCGGGUCCGAGUAGAAUCACCAAAACCUUCUACAUCAUCAGUCACGCUAACCCCAUCUGUUUCUGCGCUUGUUGAUGAAGUAGAUUCUUCAAGUCCCGCAAACAGUAUGGUUAGCGGAAGCCUAAAGCGAGUACACAAUCGAUCCCUAACACCAGAAUUAAGCAAUAGUAAGAUAUCGAAAUCCUCGGACACUAGCGAUAGCAGUUCUCAGGAGCCUCCUGCCAGCACCGCACUGAAACAAACACAACAAGAUAGAGGGGAACGGCAGCUUAAAACGUGUGGUCCUGAGCAGCAGCCAAUUUCGAGAGCUAUAGGAGUUGUUUUAGAGGAUGAUGAUGAUGACGCAGAAAUUGGUCAGGAUGCGGUCAUUGAGGAAAUUCCCGAUGAUGAUCCUGACGUGACGGAAGUUAUUAUGGAGCAUACAUUUUCGCCAUCACCAGAACUUGCGAAGUACGAUCAGUACGAGAGUUCUAAUUCUAAUUCGAAUCUGAACGAUCGACGGCUUCGAACACAGUUAUCUAUGCAAAUCUCGCAUCCACUCCAAGCACAGCAGCAGCAACCACAACCACAACAGCAGACUGUGUAUGAUCAGCACACAGGGCAAAUAUUCAACAUUGUCUGUGUGGACUCUCCUGGCACAGAGCCCACAUCAACGAAUCACUUAGUCUCAACAGCGACAGACAGUCCAUCCGCAACUAGCAGUAAUAGCAACAGUAAUUAUCCUGGCAGGAGAACUGAAACCGAUGCAGAGUGUCCGGAAUUGCGCGAACAGCAUCCAUUUUGUCACGAUAGCAAUAGUAGCAGUACUUCGACAACUGCACUGAUGUCCUCAAGUGACCAAGUGCCAGCGAAUGCGUUGAGUAGCUUUGAAAAUGUGCUGCAAAAUAACGAGGAACUGGUCAUAAUGCAACGAGAAGCGUCGCAUGAUGGUGCAGGGAAUGAUAGCAAUGGAAGCUCGGUUGCCAGUAGCAGUGGAGGUAGUCAGAGGACGGGACUGAGUCGAACCGAGGUUAACAUGAACCUGACUGCUUACCAUCACGAUCACGAGCUGCUUCACCAAAGCGUCAGCAGCGGAAUGAUGCUAGGAGGUGGAAGUGGAGAUGAUCGUAGAGGACCGGGCACGGGAGAAGAUGAAGAGGACGAUAACGAAGACGACAUGGGUGACGAGGUGAACUGUGAUAAUAAUAAUGAUUCCACCAACGAUGGCGACGAGGAUGAGGACGAAGAGGGACAGGUACAUCCGUUGAUGACAGAAGGGUCAGUGAUAGGGGGGUUACCCGAGGACGAACUGCACGGGUUGCAGUUGCUGGCAGCGGUCCAGCAGCAGCUGGCAGAAUCGUCCGAUUCUGGUGAGGAGGAUGACGACCAGAUGGACGAGAAGUUCAUCGAUGCGGAAAACUAUGUGCUGGAAAGCGGUGAAAUUAGUGCGGAGAUCGACACGAUGGGCAUGCUGGCGGACAGUGCUGAGGAGGUGGGAGUGGAUCUCGGUAUUGCCGGUGUUGCCGAAGCUGGUCCCAGUACUCACGAGGACAAUCUGAUAAUCCUCCACGAGCUGGACAUUAAAGAUGAAGACGAUGACGAGGGUCGUUGUGGGGUACAGGAAGAUGGCACUCUUGAGGAGGAAGAUGACGACGAAGAUGAAGAGGAGGAAGAGGAGGAAACCGACCAGGAAAUGGAAAAACAGCAACGGGCAGGUUCUAGUGAGGCGGAUGCGAUACAGGAGCAUUCCGGUGUUGUGGAAGCACAGCCUCUCUGUUCGAGUGAUUUAGAUGGAUUCGACGGAAUCAAUGCAAUCAAGAUGGAGACUGAUAAUAUAUUUGACAGUGGCGAUUGGCCCUUUAAGGUAAAGCUUGACCCGAAGAUGAUGCUGGUGGAUCAGCUGGACCCUAGCAGUAUUAUUCUGACACCAGCGACAUCCACCAUCAGUGGGCAUCAGAUUGCCGUCAGUAGCGGUGGUGUGCAGCAUCAGAUGCAGUUUCAUCAGCAGCAGCAACAGCAACAGAUUCAUUCCAUUCAGACUGCCCAGCAGCAACAGCAAUUGCUUAAUCAACAGGUGCUCAUACAUCAGACUCAGCAACAACAACAACAGCAGCAACAGCACCAACAACAGCAGCCACAGUUGAAUGUGUUGCAGCUGCAACAAUUUCAGCAACAGCAGCAAGUAUUGAUCCCGCAGACUAUGACGACUGUGGCUAGCCGUAUUCUCCCAACAGAGGUUAAGGAUGUCCGGGCAGUAAUGAAAUCCGAACCGGCCAUAUCCGGGGUAACCUUCCAGGGUCGACCUGCGACCGGCCAGCUGAUCACUCGAAUCAAAAUCGAGAACGGUGAGGACGGUCAGAAACUGCACGUCGUGUCGUCCGGCGGCGCUGGUACGGAUAACAUGGCCCGGGUCAUCGAAUCGGUAGCAGGAAACUACACCAACGCCAUCCCGGUGACAACGCAAGCCCAGCUGCUGCACCCACAAAACACGCAGCAGUCGCAUCAGCAGUUGUUCCAACAGCAUCACCUCAAGAUGGAUGUGGAUGUCGGUCAGCAGCAGCAGCCACAGCAGCAACAAAUUGUCCAGCAAGGACAAUCAAAAUUUAUUAUAACUUCUAGGCAAAUAACUAAUAAAAUACCCAUCACGGUAACCAGUGGCCCUGCGACCCAAAUAUUACAACACCAACAACAACCGACCGGAAUGGGCGGAGCCGUAACCACUACACUGCAGAAACCGAUACAGCUUCAAAAAAUAAUAAUGUCUACUUCGAGUCUCCAGCAGCAGCAGCGAGCUCGACUUCCCCUACAGAGAACCCAACUUGUGCAGCAGCAACCGCAAACUCAGUCGCAGCAGCGAUUUCAACAAAAAUUUGUGACUAAUCAGUUGAUUCGCGGCCAGAACGCGGCUAUCAUCAAUAGUGUACAUUUACAGCAACAGCAGCAACAACAACAACAGCAGCAGCAGCAUGCCCAGGCGUUGGCCAAUCAACAAGCGCAACAAGCAGCAGCCACUGUUGGAGCAAAUGUUGUCAUAGGUCCCACGCCCCGAAAGCGGUUAGAAGUCACCACCGGAGGUGUUGUCGUCGCUCCAAUCGGCGUAGGUCGGCGGGGCGGACGCUCUAGCAGUUCUCGUCUCCCGCCAGGGGCCGUCAAUCUGGAACGAAGCUACCAGAUCUGCCAGGCUGUUAUUCAAAAUAGUCCUAAUCGGCAUCAGUUGCGGGCUCAACUGAAACCACCGCAGGCGUUCCUAGCAAGCUCCAACUCAAACUCGAGCAACAGUAGCAAUAGUAAUGGUAGCAAUAGCAGUAGUAGUGGCGGUAUUGCAGGAGCCGGAGGAACGGGAAUCUUGAAAGAAGAACCUACAAGCUUCGGUGGGACGGUUAUUGGAAAUAAGCAGAUUGGACCACGAUUAGUAAACCCGAAAAGAAUCACCACUAUCGGUAGGCAGCCUUCGUCGAUUCUUGUGCGUCAUGUGUACACCACGGCAGGUCAAUCGAAUCCCGGUACAAUUAGUAUUAUAUCAACAUCUCAACAACAGCAGCAGCAACAACCACAGCAGACUCUUCAAAGCAAUCAACAGAGAAUCAUAACUGCCACCGAGGCGGCUGAGCUGCAACACGCUCAAAUCAUUAGCAUGCCCGGUCCGGGUGGGAUGAGUAACCUAACAGUAUCCGGAGGAGCUGCAGGCGGUGCCGGAAGUAGUAACAGUUUUGGUGGCAAAUACGUACUUGUGCAACGGGCUCACAUCGGUGACAUUGUAACGCCGCGGGCGGCCAGUGCUCCACCGACUCAGAACCAGCAGGUUAAUUCAGUAACCGGUGUCCCAAUAACGCUAGCGGGUCGUGGACGGCCAGCUUCGGUAGAUAUUGAUACACCUGUCUCCCUUCCUGAUUCUCAACAGCAACAACAACAAGUGCAAAUUAUUACCCAUUCAAUGCAGCAGCCGCAGCACCAACAACAACAACAACAGCAAUCAAUAGUUGGUCCUAACCCCGGCAUCCAAGCGGUGACCCGUCGGGGUCCUACCACUCAUGUAAUCUCCUACGGUGACAUCGGUACGGAAGCGUUGAACAGUCAGCAGAUUAGCCAGGCGUCCGGUACUUCGGUCGGAAUGGAUUCCAGCGGCAAUCACACUAUCGUUACGUCCUCCAAUGGGCCAACGAUUGCGGCAGCCUCCCCUGUAGCCGGGUACAGCAUUUCAUCUACUUCGGCGGCAUCCCCCCUUCCUGCCGGCAUUAGCGGCAGCAAUACUGGAAACAGCAACAGUAGCAUCAUCAUAAGCAGCAGCGGUAGUAACGCCUGUAACAAUAACAACAAUAACAGCACUAUCGGUAUUAUCAAUAAUAAUAAUAAUAAUAGCAGCAGUAGCAACAUCAGUAACAGUAGUAACAGUAGUAAUAGUAGCAACAGUAGCAGCAGCAACGGAAACGGUCACCAUCCGCAUCAUCAACAACAGCAGCAGCAUGGUGCUGCAGCAUCCUGCUCUUGCUCUCUGAACGCAAUGGUCAUUUGUCAACAGUGUGGCGCUUUCUGCCACGAUGACUGCAUCGGUGCUUCGAAGUUGUGCGUUUCCUGUGUCAUCCGGUAAAUUGGAGCCCAUCCGCAGCAAUAUAAUAUCUUUCACAGAACAACAAAAAAAAAUCAAUGCUGAAUGAUAACAGAAAACCGUCAAAUCUGCCACCGAAUUUUCACACGAAAUACACAUACACAGAAGAGCACACGUACACAUACACACAUACAAAGAAAUAUUAACCAUUAAGCCUGUGCAAAGACUCACUCUAGCGUGUAGGGAUUCGAAUUUCGGUUUUUCGACAAUACGUCUACUUGCUCUUGCUCGUUUAUUCUUACGAAUUUUGCGGCUUUAUUGUAACAGGAUGAAGUAAAUAACAAAUGACGAAGGAUAAUCCAAACUGUGAAUACUACUUUAAGGGUCUUACGGUACCAGAGUUAUUUUAGGUGGUACCUUCGAAUCUGUGUGUAUUUUUUGCUACGCCAAGAAACCGAGUGAAAGAAGAGUGCGUUUGAAUAUAGGAGUGAAAGAUUUGUUCGUACGCAGCAAUAAUGCUUUAGUUGUUAAGUUGUUCUAUAAUUUAUCCAUCCUUGGGAGUAAGAAACAUAAACACGAUCAGAGCUGCUAGAUUGGUAAGGGGUGAAAAAACGCGGAAAAAGGAUAUGCAAACUGAGCUAGAUACCCUUCUUGUAAUAAUUAUUACUAUGUAUGAUAACAUUAUAAGCUAAAUCACGCCGAAAAUGCAUAAGGGACAGAAUAAUAACUAUAAUCUGGGAAAUUUAAAUCUUCGCAAAAUUGUUCAACAUUUGGUUCAUGCAUUGAUUCAAACGGAAAGAGAAAAUCUGUGAUUCACACUUGGUCGGCUCCGACAGAGCAACAACAUUACUAUCAUCAAUGCUGCUUUCCUUUAGCGAUUUCUGCAUGCGUUUGCAAUGUUAGUUUUCGUAUAUUUAUUUAUGAAUUGUGUCAAUUUUUAACGGUGUCAGUUCUGUUUUAUGAUAAGCGCUGCCACGUUUAAGUUUGUCAUACAAAUCAGUAUAACAAUCAUAGGUUUAGCCUGUAAGUGCGUACGCAUAAAAUUUAAGUGCUCUACUCCAAGGUUUGCCUUUAAGUUCGAUUAUUUUAAAGAAAAGCGCCUAGUUUUUAGUUAGGUAUUAUUUUAUCAAAUACUACUCAAAUCCGCUAUCUCACAAGUAAAUUCUCCGUGAAGAAUAACAAUUGGUAAAA